UUCACGUUCGACAACAUAAUGGCGGCGACCACGAGCGAGGACACUGCCGUGAGCUUCCUAAUGCGUCACGGCCUCCUCGCCUCCUCUAAGACAUGCGAGUACUGCGACUAUCCCAUGAACCUGUGCGUCUACAAACGCGGCACGGAGGACGAGGACCGCCGCUGGCGAUGCCGCCGUAGCGGCCACCCGGACAAGGAGCUCAGCCUGAAGAAAGGCUCCUUCUUCGACGGCACCAAGCUAGCGUACAGCACUGUGCUGCGCCUGAUGUUCUUCUGGGCGUCGGACAUCCCCGUCGGAACCACGGAGCAGUUCCUGGGCAUCUCCGACGUCACGGCGAUCGACUGGUACGGCUUCUGCCGCGACAUCUGCUGCGCCGAGAUGCUGCAGUGCAGCAUGAUGGUA